UGUUAAUAAAGUUAAGCACACACAAAAGAAAUUCUAUUAAUAUUAGAGUAUUAUGGUUUCACUACAACUGAAACCGAAUUUUCUCGCCCCAGAUUCACAUCUCAAUCAUAUUUGCUCAUUCACACAACUAUUGUGACAUGAACGUUUAUUUGCAGUGCUAAUUGGAGCGGUUGAGUAAAAAACGAACAACUCAAAAAAAAGAAAAAAUAAAAAAAAACAUUGAUUUUAUUCACAUAACAAAGUUUUUAUACACAUACCCACUCACCCAAAUACACGAUCAACAAAAUGGUGGGUCCAAGCUCCCAAGUUAGUAAAAUGCUACUUUGCCUUCUCUUCAUUUUGAUGGCGUUUUACAUUUUUAUGGACAUUCAAUUAUAUUUACGUAUAACAAAUUACCCAAUUGAACGAGACUACCAUUUGAAUACAACAACAUUAAUAACGAACAAUGCACUAGGUGGUGUAGCAACAACAGAUUUGACAAUGAUCAAAUCGGUCGGUUAUUACGAGCAACAUCAUUGGCUCUCCUGCGAUGUAAAUCCACUGUGCCAUGUAACUGUGAAAGCUGUGCUCCUCGAUCAUACAAAUCAUUAUCUUUUUGCACCACUUGCUACCAUAUUUGACAAUGUCGUUGGGAUUUCGCGUAGCUCAUUCAUAACGGCGAAUAUGAUAUCGUUCUUCCAUGUGGGAGUGGCAUGCAUUUCGGGAAAAAUGGUUUCAUCCGACAGUUUGGGUUACCGCCGUUUGGGUGUGGUGCUCUUCCAGUUCCGCACAUUUCUUGACGAUUUGGAUGGUCAUGUGGCGCGUGCUAAAAAAAAUAUACAUGGCGAACGAUCCGAAGUUGGAACAUCCGGUUACUAUAUCGAUGGUCUUUGCGAUGGUCUGGGUUGUAUUGCUUUACUUUUGGGUAUCUUCUUUUAUCUUAAAAAUAAUCCACCACGUCGUGGUUACUCGCAACUACCGAUGAGUGAAUCAAAACUACCUGAACCAGUGACGAGACCAAAAGCGAAGUCAAUGACGCCAAAAGUCGUCAAGAAAGUUGUAAGCUUUACCGGACAGCUGCUUGUUAGCUCGACUGCUUGGAAUCGAUACAUCGCUGUAUACCAAGACAUGUUGGAGCGAAACGAUGUAACGCCAACACAAUUCAUACGUCAAAAUAUUACAUUCAAGUCAGCGUGGUUCUUGUGUGUGGCUUGGAUGUGGCGAAUAGUGAAUGUACAUUCGCUGCUUCAUCUUGUGCUACUAAGUAUAUUCUGCGAUAAAUUGUGGGAUUUCUUAAAGGCCAUACAAUAUGUCGGUUAUGUCAUAUUAUUGAUUGUAAUUUGUAUCAGUGAAAUGCAUGUUUUAGAGGCUCAUAAUUUCAUUUUUAACACUAUGUCUGGUAAUAAUACAUCGUUGUGAUCCAUUUUCUUUUUCUAAAUGUCGUGUUUGUACAAUAUGUGAAUUGUUAUUAAAUCGAAAAUAUUUUAUGUCAAAUUUGGCACUGUACAAACUCAAUAUAUAUGGAAAUAAACUCAAAUCAAGAACAAAUUGUGUCGAUUUUUAAAUAAAAGCUAAUAAAAUAAGUUAUAUAUUUGUGUAA